AUGGCCGAUACUCCCGUUACCCUGCGGACUCGCAAGUUCAUCCGCAACCCCCUGCUCGCCAGAAAGCAGAUGGUCGUGGACGUCCUCCACCCCAACCGUGCUAAUGUCUCCAAGGACGAGCUCCGCGACAAGCUCGCCGAACUGUACAAGGCCAACAAGGACCAGGUCUCCGUCUUCGGUUUCCGCACUCAGUACGGUGGUGGCAAGAGCACUGGCUUCGCCCUCGUCUACGACUCCCACGAGGCCCUGAAGAAGUUCGAGCCUCACUACCGCCUGGUCCGCAUCGGUGCCGCUUCUAAGAUCGAGAAGGCCAGCAGACAGCAGCGCAAGCAACGGAAGAACCGUUCCAAGAAGUUCCGCGGUACUGCCAAGACCAAGGGACCCAAGAAGAGCAAGGACUAA